GAAUGCCGUACCAAUCAAGUUGGUAUUAAAUCUCACAGAAUAGGCCAGUUGAAUGCGCAGCACUCUAAUAAACUAUUAGUCAUGUGUAUGAAGUUGACAAGAGAGUCAACAAAAUUCAUAACAAUGCUCCAAUGAGUUAUGAUUUUUGAUUGUUGUACAUUUUUUUUAUAUCUUCCGAGACAAUAUAUAUGAGAUAUGAUCUUCACAAACGCAUUCGUAAUCUUUUUUGACAUAGUUUAUAUUUAAGAAAAAGAAACUUUUAACCAGGAUUAAAAAUAAAGUAAUCUCAAAAAAUAAUGCAAAUGGAAACUCACAUUGUUAGAUAUUCCAUUUUUAGUAAUACUUAAUGUUCAUAUUGUAACUAAAUUCUUUUUUUUCCCUUUUUUUUUCUUUUCUCUUUUUUUUUUUUUUUUUUUUUUUUUUUCUUUUCUUUUUUUCUUAAUUUCAGUGAUUACAAAUAUAAGAUUUAAAGCAGCCUUCGUAAAAGAUAUGUGAAAGGAAUGAUCGAUAUUAAUAAACAAAUAAUAAAUAGAUUAAAAUGAAUUCAUUUUAUAGAAUGUAUCAAAAUAUUCUCUACAGUAUAAUUUGGUUAAAUUGGAAAAAUAAUAUUAAUUCCAAUGCAUAUAACACAUAAAAAGAUGUUACUAUACAGUAUAAAUUUAGAACUUAUACUUAUUGGUAUAAUUGAAAAUCUACUAAAAAAUAAUUCCCUGAUUAUGUAUCUUUCAUGUGCGACAUAUCGUUAUAAAACUGUGACCCCCAUAUUUCUGACAGCUUUCAUUUAAAACACACACACACACACACACACACACACAUAUAUAUAUAUACAUGUGUGUGUGUGUAUAUAUAUAUGUAUAUAAAUAUGAUGGUUAAAAGUAUGCACGAAAUUAAAAACAAAGCAAUCGCGAUAUUAUAUUAAGAACAUUAACAUACUAGAAUAAAAAAAGUUAUCGCCUUGUAUACGUUUGGAUUUCUGCUAGUGCAUUCUGAGAAGUUGUUUGAUUUCUUCUUUCUCGGCGGCAUUCAAAUAACUUGUCCCAUCGGGAGUUAAUCCAUCCGGUCUAGCACCUUUUUCUAAUAAUAACUUAACGCAAUGAGUAUGGCCUUCCCAAAUUGCAGCCAGUAAUGUUGUUAUACCAUGCUUAUCUGUAGCCUGAAAAAUUAUCAUCAACAUUAGAUUUAUUUAAUCGUUUAAAUAUAUUUCUCUACUGCAGUAUGACGUUUUAAGAAGUUUUGAGAGGAUUAAGUUUAAUAACUUACAUUAGCAUCCGCACCCUUCUCUAAAAGAUAUCUAACUACAUCAUAUUGUCCAUAAUCUGCAGCAUAAUGUAAUGGUGUUCUUCCAUCUAUCAUUUGAUUUACAUCGAUAUUCUGUUGGGUAAACACAUAUGUAUAUAUGCGUGCGUGCGUGCGCGUGUCUGUGUGUGUGUGUGUAUGUGUUGUGUGUGCGAGCGCGCGCGCGCGUGUGUGUGAUGUGUAUACACGCAAAUAAGAUGAAAAGUAAAAUUUUAGAUGAAGCAAAAGGUAGCAGGAAAUAUAUUUCAAUGGAAUGAUAUACUUUAUAACAUAUAAAAAAUGUAGAAUAUAUUAAAAUAAAAUAUAUGUAGCAUCAUUAUCGAUGCUACACUUUUAAUCUUAAAAGAUAAUUACAAAGCAAAAUUGGUCGGCAGCUGUUAUUUAAGCGAUUAGCAAAUUGCUGCAUCAUGUGAACGAUGCACUGAUUACUGAUUAGUUAAAUAAAGCGAUAAAGAAGAGAGAAAAGAAGGGAAAAAAAAAAAAAAAAGAAAAAAAAAAAAAAAAAAAAAAAAAAAAAAAUUGGUCGUUGUAAUAUAUAGCGUGCAAAGUUAUAAUUUGUAAAAAUGAUUAAAGUCUACGAAAGAAGAUGUCAUAUUUGCCUUAUUCUCAACGAUAUCCCGAACUUGCUCGAGAUCACCAUUUUUUAUUCCCCAAACGAGUUCGCUCAUUUUUUUCGUAAAUCUAUUGAAACAAACUCUUGUUGUCAAGCAAUAGACGUAUCCAAUAUAAAAUUGUAACCGCUUGUAUGAAUUACGUGACGGAUCUUACAUCCAUCAGAUUUGGUUAAGCACUCGAACGAAAGAAUAGACCGAACGUGAUGUCAGGAUGUAAAAAAAUUGUAUGCGGUAAGCUUAUAAAAAGCGUGGCGGCGUUAGCGCUCCAUUCUACUGAUACGGCAAAUACACGCGUUGGGCGCGAUAAAUUGAAAGUUCCAAUGAAACGUUACCGCUAAUAAUAAUAAUAUAUCUCUAUAAUAUAAACGAAAAUCAAUAAAAAAUGUAAUACGAUAUAUCUCGAUGCGAGGAAUACGAUAAAUAUCUCUCGAUAUGUUUAUAAAUCGUAUGAUAUAAUAAAUAAUUUCGUAUGGAUGUAGUUUUGAAAUUCGACUACCAGGGAGCGCAUAGAUGGUAAGGGAACGUGGGCGCACCUAUUAAACGAACGAGAGGCGUUAUUCGAAGCCCUUGCUUUCCUACCUUUUUUACGAGUUUGGCUCCCCUGAUCAUAAUUCACAACAGUAGUGGUGCCGGUUGUAUUAUAGGUUAAAUUUGUGUGAUUUUGUGUGACUUACUAUUAGCUUUACUUAGAAUUGUGAAAAUGGACAAUCGGAUUACGAUAUGUGACCCGGAUGAGGAAGAAAUAGACAAUGAAAUAUUUCGAGAUAUCGAGCCAGUCAAGUGGAUUAACGAUGAUCCAAAUUAUGGCUUGGAUGAAAUCAACAUGUUCUUCCAUAGGGUGGAUUCAGAUCAGAUCAUAUAUGAGGAGAAAAAGAAAAAAUGUAAAUUUAUCGGUAAAUAUGUUAUGGGGGAUGUACUUGGUGAAGGUAGUUAUGGUAAGGUGAAAGAAGUACUGGAUUCAGAAACUCUGUGUCGAAGAGCUGUUAAGAUUCUAAAAAAGAAAAAGCACCUUAAACUCCCAAAUGGAGAAAUUCAACGGGAAAUAAAGCUAUUAAGAAUAUUAAAACAUAAGAACGUCAUUAACCUUGUAGAUGUUCUUUAUAAUGAUGAAAAGAGAAAGAUGUACCUAAUUAUGGAAUUUUGUGUAUGUGGAUUGCAGGACAUGUUGGAAAGUACACCUCUGAAGAAGCUUCCACUUUGGCAGGCACAUGACUAUUUUUGUCAGCUGUUAGAUGGCUUAGAGUAUCUUUAUAGUAAAGGAAUAGUACAUAAAGACAUAAAACCUGGAAAUCUGUUAUUGACAUUAGAUGGUACCUUAAAAAUUAGUGACUUUGGAGUUGCAGAGGCACUAGAUAUGUUUUCUAUAGAUGAUACAUGCAAAAUGGGUCAAGGUUCUCCAGCCUUUCAACCACCCGAAAUUGCAAAUGGCUGUGAAACAUUUUCAGGAUUUAAAGUAGAUAUAUGGAGCAGUGGAGUUACACUAUAUAAUAUAACAACAGGUCAGUAUCCUUUUGAAGGAGACACUAUAUAUAAAUUAUAUGAGAACAUUGGGAAAGGUGAAUAUACAAUACCGGAAGAAGUAGAGGAACCCUUAAGAUCCCUUAUAGAAGGGAUGCUGCAAAAAGACGCGGAAGAUAGAUUUACGUUGCAACAAGUGAAAAGACAUCCUUGGACCAUAUGUAGGCAUCCUAGAACGGAAAGCGAAGUGCCUUUACCUCCCUUGAGGGGAAGUAAAUGUCACAGUAUGACUGUAUUACCGUACCUGAUGGAAUAUCACUAUGGGAUUGAUGACAAUCCGACAUAUUAUACGGAACAUCAACUUAAUGAGGAAAGAAGACUUCAAGAAAUGGAUAGGACUAGCGAAGAUCAAAAGCCAACCUGUAAUAAUUAUUGUAAUAAUAAAUCAAAUACACAUAGCAAAAGAAGAUGGCGCAAACCAAUAUCAUGUAUCGGUAUUAAAAAGUUUCCAUCUUGCAAACCUUCGUGAUUUGGCACAAUACUGUUUCAUGGUAUUAAAUAUUUUACUGGUAGUUACAAAGUUUCUCUACUGGGGAGAUGACUGAGUGUUUGUUGACAGCGCAACACUUUUGAACUAGUUCAAAAGCGCAUAAAUGUAAACAUUUGUGAUAUUAAUAUUAAAUAGUUAUAUCGAGAGGUCCACGAUACACUAUUGAUUGUGGAUUAAAUUAUUUCUAAUUCGUAAGAGAAAAGUAUCGUUUGUUUAUGUGUGUCAUAAUGAAAUUAUGAGUAAUAAGAUUGCCUCUAACUAUGAUACAUAUUAGAAUUUCUUUCUAUAUUUAAUUUUGUAAAUUAAGAUCAUCCAAGUAUAGUGAUAAUAGUCAACUUAUAUUGUCUCUAUUAAUUGAGAUAUGCUAAUACCGGUGUAGCAGAGUUUUUAGACUCUUAUUUAUACUAUAUCAGUUUACGAAAAAUUAACACAGAUAUUUUAUAAUUCAAGAUGGCAAGUCAGUUUUCAAUAAAAAAUUCUUGCUCGAUUCGAUUAUAACAUAUUAUAAUUACAUUUACAUCAAUCUGUAACUAUCAGGUCAGUCCAAAAGUUCGUGCGCAUUUUUGCCACAUACAUACAUGCUAUUAAUGCGCACGAACUUUUGGACUGACCUAAUAUAAUAAGAGGAAGAAGCAAGAAGGAUAAAAAGAAAAAAAAAAAAAAUGUUCAAUAUUUAUAGAAAUGAAAGAAAAUCAACCAAUUUUAUCUUAUAUAUAUUGUUCAAUGUAAUUAUACUUAAAUAAUGACGCCAGCAUGACUAGGAUACGUAGUAUUUUUUUAAGUGAGAUGAUUUUUUUCUACUGUACAUUAACUUAAUUGAAUGAACACUAUGUAAAUAUGGAAUACAGGUAUUCGUAAUCGCAACAAGGGAAGUUUGUAUCUGCUUAAAUCGCAUAUUAUAUGUCAUAUUAUGCAAUGGUUAAUAUAUUCCAUUUUCAAUGGUAGAGAGCGAUCAUCGUGAUAAGUAAAAUUUUUUCCAAAUGAAAACAAGUUAUAAAACAUUUAGCGAUGACUACCUAUAAAUGGUACAAUAGAUUGUUACAAGCAAAAAAUACAUGAUUUUUUAUAUUUAUAUAUUAGUACGUUUACAAGAGUUUAUUAUAAUAUUAUGUAUAACGCAUAAUUCAACUACCAAGAUAAUGCAGAUACUGUUUCCCCUGAAAAAAUUUUAUAAAUAUGAUUGAAUAAGUAUUAAAAAUUAUUUGAAAUGUAUAGGAUGUACAUAUAAAGAAUGCCUCUAUAAACUUGUCUCGGUUAUACAUAAUACCAACUACAUGGAAUAUAUUAUAAAUUGAAAGCAUAAACACAUUACCUGUAUAUCUUCGUCUACAAUAAUAUAUCGAUUUCAUCUCUUUCAUUAAAUACCGUGUUGAAUAUUCGCAUAUUGACAAUAUUGUUAUACAUUUUGGAAAAUCAGUUUAGCGGUAUACUUGUUUAAUGAUACAUUUUCUUUUCUUUUUUAAUUUUUCCAUUUGACAUUCUACACAUAUAUUAUCGAAACAGUAGAUAUUCGAGAAAAGAAAAAAGAAAAAGAAAACAAAACGAAAGAUCAGGAUGGUGCUAAACGGAUAAAAAAAUUUAGAUGUUACGUAUUGUGAGAUAAAGAAAAAGGGAAAAAAGAAAAAAAAAAAAAAAAAAAAAAAAAAAGAAGUACGAUAUUAUAAUAUAAUAAUCAUUAUGCAUUAAUAGAAAACAAACUUGUUUUGGUCAGAAAUCUAUCGUGUAACGAUGGACUUAUAGACGCAUUAUGGGAAAGAAUGUAUAAUUUGUAUUAAAAAAAAAUUAAUCCAAUUGACUUUAAUUAAAGAAUGUAAGUAGAAUGUAAGAUCGAACCAUUAGAGUUUUGUAAUUUAUCUCUUCUAUUAAGGAAUUCAGAUGCCUAAAUGUCACUUGAAAGUGAAACUAUGCAGUAUAGAUUACAAUAAUUUUUAUUAUAGACAUUUAAAAAUAUAAUAGAUAUAAUUUAAUUACUAAAACAAUACGAGAAUUAUAAACGAGAACAACAGUUUUUAUUUUGUUUAGCAAUUGUUGCUCGUGUUUGCAGAAGGUAAUAGAUGCAAGAUAAAUAUAAUAAGCAUAUUAAAUGUUUAUACGAUAACAACUUUUUGACCUUGCAUAUCAUACGAAAAAAUCACGAAUUCUAAACAAAAUAUACUUGUACAAUUAUUACAUAAAAUUAAUGUAUGCCUGUAUAAAAAAAAAAAAAAAGGAAUGUAAAGUGAUUCCCCUGUCAUGUUUUUAUCGGGGCAAUAUUUAUAUAUAUAUAUACAUACAUAUAUUUUUAUUGUAAUACAGAAUGUAAUCUUGUUUGCCCGUAUGUGCUAUUAAAGUAGCAAUAUAGCUCGUAAGAAUUAUAGUCAUAUUCUUUGAAAAAAAAAAAGGAAAAAAAAAAAAACAUACACAUACACACACAAACACACACAGAGAAUGGAUUAUAUUAAAUAACGAAAUAUUUCCUUUUAACUGAAAUUAUAGAGAUAAUUAAAUUUUACGUAUGUUAAAGCAUAUGAUAGAUAUAUCAAAUAAUUGCAUAAAUAGUCAUCUAUGCUAUACAAUUCCUUUGCAAUAUAUCAUCGAAAUAUUAAUUAAUUAUGCGCGUUUAUGCUACUUUAAUAAUAUCACGUGUCAAUUAUAUAUUCAUUUAUGCAUAAAGUUGCUUACCGAAAGUGCAAACGUUCAGAUAAGCAUAAUAAUAUAAUAAUUACAAGGCCAUUGGAUUAUGUCUGAAAUGCUCUUGCAUUCGUCAUUAUACAUUUGUCAAAUGAUUCUUAAUCAUGCACAAAGUGUCCUAAAGAUGAAUAUUUUCUUUUCAUUACUAAUAUCAAUUUGGGAAUACGAUUAAGAUAGGCCAUAAUCUGUUUCUGUAUUAUAUCAUAUUCUAUCGGCUGAGUGUAUCAUACCGAUCGAUGUUGUAUAUAUGUAUGUAUAAGUUUGUAUCGUAGAAUAGACAUUUAAAAAUAAUUUACAGAUGUACUAACGUAUUAGCAAAAUUGUGAAUAUACUGCCAUUCAGCCUU